AAUGACGUCUGCACAGAGUUCCCGAGGAAGUGACAGAAGUGAGUGGGUUGCGAAAUUGGGUCUUCAGUUAUCACGUCUUUAGUAAACAGAAACUGCUGAGAAACAGCUUCCAACGGAUUAUUCACUGUUCCAAUUUGAUCACUGAAUUGCUACAUUUUUAUAAAAUGCCUGAAAAUCAGGAUCGUUCAAGUAACAAGACCUUUAAACAACGAAAAACUUUCGCGGUAAGAAAAGAGGAAGUGGAAGGAAUCAGACAGAAGUUUCCAAGUAAAGUUCCUGUUAUUGUGGAAAGAUUUCACAAAGAAACAACUCUUCCGAUUUUAGAUAAAACCAAAUUUUUGGUGCCACAGGAGUUGACGAUGUCCCAGUUUCUUACCAUCAUUAGGAAUAGGAUGUCCUUGAACUCCAACCAAUCAUUUUAUCUCAUCAUCAACAACAAAAGUAUCUCUAGCAUGUCCUCCACGAUAGCCGAACUUUACAGAGACGAGAAAGAUGACGAUGGUUUCUUGUACAUGACGUACGCCUCUCAGGAAAUGUUCGGCUCUUCCGAUUGACAAUUCAUGUUCUUUAGAUACUUGAGUGUAGGGCCGGGAAAGGGGGGGGGGGGAGUCUUUGAUCGUAGAUGGACAGGGUCUGUAAAAGUAGUUUCAGGAGACAGAGUGAGGGCGAAAAUGUUUUGUUUUUUUGGGGGUUAGUGAGUAGACAUGGUUUGUUCUAAUGUAACAAUGGCAGGGUUCUACCAUUGGGUCUGGAUCAACACUGACUAGCUUAUCACAUCAUUUCACCCUCAUUUUUGUAGUAAUAACUUCAUGGGACAUUCAAUUAGGGAACUGGUAAUGUACAUAAUAAAAACAUGUCAAAUAUGUGAAUGGACUUGAUAAAGACAGAUUUAAAAUAAAUUAAAUUAAAUUUUGAAGCUAUUGAUUGCACUGUACCAAAAUAACUUUUAAAAGUCAUUGUUCAUUUUAUUACUGGAUAAUAGAAGCUGUAAUUAAAAGUGACUUGAUAGAAGAAAAAAAAUUAAAUUAUAAUACAUUAUGAUCAAGCCUCUCCUCAAAUAGCUGUUUGACCUAGAUGCACUUACCUGGCUAAAAUCCUUCUCAACAUGCUGGACAUGGAGAUGGGUUUUAUUGAUUUAUGAUUCGCUAUGGAAUAUAUUUCUGUUGAUUGCUAGAUUUUUUGAUUGCCGACAAUGUCACAGCUUGAAAGCAACUGCUGAAACUGCUUGAAACAUGUUAGCUUUAUAAUUAAGUCUCAUGACAGCUCAUGACAUCAGCUGUUUCUUCUUUUAUUUUUUUUUGAAGUCCCAGGAUUAAGUCUGAAGACCUCAACUGUUGUGUAUGUAUAUAACUGACCAUGUUUCUGUUACUUAAUAAGCAUUUUUAAAAAACUUGUUUUCCCAUGAAAUAAACUUCAGUUGGCCUUCAGUCAUCAGACUCUGUACAGUCACUUGACUUUUGGGAAACAUUUCUUGAAACUUUCAUUGAUUGACAUAUUUUAAAUUAAUACAUUCUCACGUUUAAUCUCAUAACUUUUUGGUUGGAUUCAAUUUUUAAAACAUUCUUAUUAUAUAUUUAAUGUGAAAAAAUUGUGGAUUCAUUUUUUGUGUAUUUUUUUUCCCUUGUAUAUUUAAAGAAAUUGUUCCGAAGAUUGAACUGUUACAUUCUUAAAAACUUGUAUUUAAAAGUUUCACUUGUCUCAAUGGGUUGGUUUUUAAUUAAGGUGAGACGUCUCUGUCAAUCUGUUUAAAUUCUACACAGAAGUAGCAUGUACAUUGGAUGUGAAGUUGAUCACCCAAUGAAAAAGACUUAACACUAGAUUCCCACUUUGGAAAUAUAACCUCGUUUUGGGGAUGAGGAAAUUUAUUUUGAUGUUAUUUUUAACGAGUUCAUUUGUUUCUUUCCCUGGUCCAACAUUUAGGUGAAAGUAGAUAAAAAAAAAAAUAAGUAUUACAGUUGUUAAUCUCUUCUCUUUUUUUUUUUUUUUUAAAGAAGUGUCCCCCCUCCCCCCAUUAAUUUCAAAAAUGACCUACUAACAGAAAUAAAGGAAAGAAUAGCAGCAGGCAACAGGGCAUUUUAUAGCACCCACCAUCUACUUAAGAGCAAAAUGAUUUCAAGUAAAACCAAGAAAAUAAUAUACAAAACUAUAAUAAGACCAGCAGCAAUGUAUGGAAGUGAGACCUGGACACUGACAAAGACAUCUGAAAAUUUACUUAACACUUGGGAAAGAAAAAUCCUUAGGAAAAUCUAUGGUGCCAUACAGGAUGAAACAGGGUGGAGGACACGCACUAACCAUGAGUUAUAUCAAUUAUAUGAAGACCCACCAAUAGUGAACGAAAUAAAAAAGAACAGACUACGUUGGGCAGGUCACCUUGAAAGAAUGUCAGACAACAGAGGGGCGAAAAUCGUAUACAGGCAAAAACCAAAAGGCAGGCGACCCAAAGGCAGACCCCGAAUGCGAUGGAUAGAUGACGUGGAAGCAGAUCUGAAGCAGCUUGGGGUUAGGGCGUGGAGACGAAAGGCCCAGGAGAGAUCUGAAUGGAAGAAUGUGUUAAAGCAGGCCAGAGCCCUCCAUGGGCUGUAGCGCCACUGGGAUGGAUGGAUGGAUGUCCCCCCUCCCCCCAUCAAAGCAUCUUUAUUGUUUAAUGAAAUAAAUCCCUCCCAGUGAGUGGACUGUUUAGUUAAUUUGUCAUAAGAAAUGUAAUUGUUGAAUAGAAAUGUGCCUUGGGGUCACCGCAGAGUCUGGAAGUUAGUUUCAAGACUAAAAAAAAAAAGUCAAUUGUUACUGGACUGUUUUGAAGUAUCACACACAUAAACAUAACAUUUCAAUCUUAAUAUUUGGGACUUGGGGGUUUUACCCUCUGGAGAUUUGAUUUCUUGACCUAGUUUCUUUUUUUAUGUGUACAAUUUGGGGAUUUCUUUGACCACAGUUUAUCAUCUUGCAUAUUCUCUGUACAACUGGCUAGUUGCUUGCGGCAGUUUGACUUCGUUUUAAACAGAAAUCUUUCUUUAACAAAAUGUAAAUUGUUCGCAUUAAAACAAAAACAAAAACAACUUUUUUUGACAAAAUGUAAAAUCGUUAACAUUUUUAAAAAAUAAUUUUUCUUGCAUAAAAUUAUUAUUAUUCUCACAGAAAGAAGUGUUAUCCUAAGCCAGUGUUUUCCAAACCAUUUCCUUAUACGUGAAUUUAGCAGAACACUUUUGCUUAUUUUUUUAGAGAGACUAAUGCACAAGGUGGCCUACUAAUUAAUUAUUCCAAUAGUUCGUGGAAUCCUAGUGUUCCCCUGAACACAGUUUGGGAACCACUACCCUGACCUUUUGUUGUCUCUACAAGCUGAGUGAUAGAUUACAUCUUCCUGUUAUUGAUAGAAAUCUUUUUCAAAAGCUAGUUAUUAUUAUUGCUACAGCCAAGUGUUAUAAACAAAAAAAACAUGUUGUGGUUCAACUAUUUUUGUUGUAUUUAUUUAUUAACUUGUAUAUAAAGACUUGUUGACAUUAUUUACGAUGCAAUAAAACCUUUUUUCUCAUGUGCAUUAUCUGAACCGUGAUUUUAAAUGUAUAUAUUUUAUCAUUGUGAUGUGACUCCUAUACACUUGUAUUAUAUUGAACUGUUUAAUUUUGUGCAGUUUGUUUUGUUUCCAAUAAACCUAAAGUUUUUAUUCCUAUCA